AUGAACACUUUUCGCUGUGUAUAAAUAUGGAUGUGAACCCUAAUCUUAAAAAACCCUCGACUCCUCAAAAACCCUAAUCGUCAUCUGACAGACAAUGGCAAGAGCUUUUUCUUCUUGCUUUGCUCGAUUCUCUGCGUUCCUUACGAUGCGGAGUGUCUCCACUUUAGCGAAGCCUCCUUCAUCACUUUCGUCUCUCAUCGUUCCCCGUCGAUUACUCUUCCCUCUCUCCCAUGCGCUCCUCCUACCUCCCCCCGCUCGGUUCGGCGGGAUCCGGUGCCGAGUUAACCGGGCCGGUGAUUCGACGUACUCGCCGCUGAACUCGGGUUCCUCGUUCAGCGACAGGCCACCCACCGAAAUGGCUCCGCUCUUCCCCGGCUGCGACUAUGAGCACUGGCUCAUCGUCAUGGACAAGCCCGGCGGCGAGGGUGCCACCAAGCAGCAGAUGAUCGAUUGUUAUGUGCAAACCCUUGCCAAAGUUCUUGGAAGUGAAGAGGAAGCUAAGAAGAAGAUUUACAAUAUUUCUUGUGAGAGGUACUUUGGAUUUGGGUGUGAGAUUGAUGAGGAGACAUCUAAUAAGCUGGAAGGGUUGCCUGGAGUUCUAUUUGUCCUCCCGGAUUCAUAUGUUGAUCCUGAACACAAGGACUAUGGGGCUGAAUUAUUUGUGAAUGGAGAGAUCGUCCAGAGACCACCUGAAAGACAGACGGGUGGAGCCACAGCCUCAAAGGCAUCAAGACAGGCCAAGAUACAAUGAUAGAACAAGGUAUGUCCGGCGCAGAGAAAACAUGCGGUGAAGGACCAAAGGGCCAGUUUAUUUAAGUAGAGGGAUCUGAUGUACAUACUAUGGGAUUAGUGCAUUAUAUGCACUAUUUUAGUCUUGCCUUUGGAGACGUUCGCUCAAGUUCGGGUGGGGUGGUGACUGAAAUGUUUGUAGUUGUAACCUGUAUCAGUUGGAUUCGUCUUCGUUAUCAUUUUUCUUUUGAACAGAAUCUUGAACAUGAAUCUUCAUGGUUCUUGUACUGCUUUCUACGUUUUAUCGGCACAUGAAAAAAAGGUGAUUGGUUCA